AUGUUUUACGUCCACGGGUCUCAUUAUUAGGUUUGCAAGUGGCGGGUUUGACGCCCAGCCGCUGCCUAGAGGUGCUGCGGAUGAGCCGGGGGGCAGCUCAGUGCUGGUACCACGGCCCCUGCCUCAGUCUGUGAUCCCGUGGAUGAGUGUGUAGUGUUGGCGGCGCCGGUGAAGCGGCGCAAACCUUCCCCCUCUCUCUCUCCCUCCCUCCCUCUCCACCUCCCCCCGGCCAUCAACCUUCCUCUCCCCGGCUCAGUCUGUGGACGACACUUCGUCACCUUAAACCCCGGCCCCAGACACCGGGCAGCAUUAUACAAUGGAGGUCGAUCCUAACAAGUCACCAAAGGCAGGAGAGAACGCCUCCUGCAAUGGGGAUGCCUCUGCAUUGCCGACAGAUCUUCAGCUACAAGCUCCCCCCAAACCCCCGCCGUACGUUUGCACGUUGAGUCCACAGCUGAUCGCCAAGGCACAAGAAGAACUUCAGGAGAAACCGGAGUGGAGACUUCGCGACGCACAAGCCCUGAGAGACAUGAUUUUGAAGGAGGCUCCGAACUUGAAGACCCGUUUGGACGAUGCCUUCUUGCUGCGGUUUCUCAGAGCUCGCAAGUUUGAUUACGACAGGGCACUGAAGCUUUUAUUGAAUUACCACGCCAGCCAGAAGACCUGGCCAGAGGUGUUCUCAAACUUGAGGCCAUCUGCAAUAAAACGUGUGCUGGAUUCCGGAUUUCUUACUAUGCUGCCUCGCCCUGAUCCACUCGGACGAUAUAUCUUAGUCAUUCGACCAGGAAGAUGGAAAAUUUCCGAUUAUCCCAUCACUGAAAACAUCCGUGCCAUUUAUAUAACAUUAGAGAAGCUUGUUCAGUCAGAAGAGAACCAGGUGAAUGGAAUAGUCAUUCUUGCAGACUACGGUGGAGUUGCCUUGUCCCAGGCUGCUCAGCUUGGUCCCUUUAUGGCCAAAAAGGUCAUUGGAAUUCUUCAGGAUGGAUUUCCAAUGAGGAUAAAAACUGUCAACAUCAUCAAUGAGCCCAUUAUCUUCAAGGGGAUUUUUGCCAUCAUAAAGCCGUUUCUAAAGGAGAAAAUGACGGAGAGGUUUGUUCUUCACGGGUCAGAUCUAAGCUCCCUUCACAAGGAUAUUCCACCGAACAUCCUUCCUCAGGAGUAUGGAGGUACAAUGGGAAAGCUCACCACCACCGCCUGGGCCGAGUCACUGCUGGCGUUUGAGGAGGAAUUUGUGGCCGAAUUCUGUCGGACAUGCUCACCAACGGAUAAUGCACAUGCUCAGUAUGCGGACGGGCCAACCGAACAAUCAGGCCAACAGUGCGAAGAUUCCUUCAGGGGAGUGAGGUCGCAGUUGUAUUAUUGUUAUUAACAGGACUGAUUGGUACUUUCCCUAAAAGAUUGUCUUUUUUUCUUUUUCGUGGUGGAGUAUUUAUCCAAGUUUAGCUGCCUGACCACAGGGCGGCCACAGUGGGGGGCAGCUGCUAGAGAGGAGGGCUGCCUCCAAGUCCGGUGGCAGGCAGUAGAUGGGAACGUUCGGUGAACUUCUGUAACUUUGUCGGUGCCAAAACGUGGGGACAUUUGUGUACUGCCUGUGUGUGGGGUCUGCUACAUGAUUUUACCGGGUUGUCUGCAAAACAAAGCGUUUCACUGCGCCUAGGUAUACGUGACAACAAUGUAUCAUUGCGUUGAAUCAUUGAGUGGGUGAGAAAGUGGGAUAACAUGGAACUGGUGUGAACUGUGAUCGGUGGUCGGUAUGGGCUCGGUGGGCUGAAGGGCCUGUUUCCGUGCCGUGUCUCUCUAAUCUCUAAAGGGCAGCA